UAUUUCAUUCGUUUGUUGAAUUCCAAACGGGAAGGUUCGUUAUUUUCUAUACGUCUCAUUCGUAGUAGAAGAAGACUAUAUUAUCCUAAACUAAAACCAAGUGAAAUAAGAAGACUAUUAAAAAAAAAAAAAAAAUACAAUUGCUUAAAAAAAUAGUGAUUUUUUUAAGAAAUAAAACCAAGAAGUGAAAAAAACUAUUUAUAUACAUUUAAAUAAAAAAAGAAAAUAAUUUAAAAAAAUAAGCAAAAUGGAUAUACCAAUUUUAUUAUCUCCUCCUGCAACACCACCGUUAUGUGAAUUUAAAAAUGUUGAAAAGAAAAUUGAUGGUAGCUUUUUGAAAGUAAAGCUUGAGUCUCAAAUGACAUCAUCACAACAACAAAACCAACAACAACAACGUUCUGGUUUUGUUACACCACAACCAUCUGACAAUGAAGAUUAUGACUCUGACAUACCACCAUGUAAAAAACAACGACUUGAUGUUGGCGGUGGCGGUUUCCAACAACCAGCCCAUCAACACAAGUCAUCAUUUGAAGCAAAAGAAUUUUGUGGAAUUCCACCAACUUUGGUAUUAACUCCACCACCAGAGGUGAGUUUUGACAUGUCAUCCCUGCAACCACGUGCAAGUGUCAUUAUGCAUGUCAAUCGGUCUGGAGUAUGUUCGUCAUUGGAAGGUGCUUCAUCGAAAGCAAGCAUUUCUGAGCCUGAAUAUGAUUCAGUUAAUAUUGUUCGGAAAUUGAAAUUUAAAAUGGGUCGUAAUGAUCCACCAAAAAAUGAGAAAGUCAAUGAAAAUGUGCAAUAUCCAGUACAAAAUUCUUCACCAAUGCCAGUACAACAACAACCACAUCCAGUGCAACAACAACAAUAUAAUCUGCAGUUGCCUCCACCAGCGUUAUCUCCAAGACCGCAACAACAACAAGAACAACAACAACAAACUAGAUCACAGUAUCAAGUUAUAGCACCUAAAAAUAUCUACAUUGCCACAGCUGGUCCUUCGGCAGUUCCCCAACAUCAAAACCAACCAACUCUUAUCCCAACUCAUCUACUACUUUUCAAUCCUACAAAUGGAAUGUUCCAGAACAUCCAACCUGCCCCUCAGCCAAAACCCCAACAAACUACAGUACCUACUCCCCCAGCUGUCCCAGAAAGAAGACGAGUCUAUGAAUGCCAGCAUUCAAAUUGUGGCAAGAACUAUUUCAAAUCAAGUCAUUUGAAAGCUCACCAACGCGUCCAUACUGGCGAACGGCCAUUUAUCUGUAAGUGGGAGAAUUGUGACAAACGUUUCUCACGUUCCGAUGAGUUGUCACGUCAUAAACGAACUCAUACGGGCGAGAAGAAAUUUGUUUGCGGUGUCUGUCAAAAGAAAUUCAUGCGUAGCGAUCAUCUGUCAAAACAUGUCAAACGUCAUGGCAAAGAUAAAACAUCACAACAAAAUGGUUCGGUUGUGACAGUGACAGCUGGCUCACAAAAUGGCGUCAAUCACAGUCAAAUAGUUCAUCUGCGUCCCAUCAUUCCAGCACCAGUCCAUGUACAAAUUUGCACGAAUAGCAAUAGCAGCAUUUGUAGCAGCAGCAGUAGUAGCAAUUGCAGUACUAUUAGCAGUGGAGAUUUCCAAACAGAGUUUCAAUUGUUGAACUAAGUUGGGAUUAUAUACUUGCGCGCCCUCUUGUGGGUAUUUUGUACAGUUGCUCUUUGUCUAAUUGAUAUACGCUGCAGCAUAUUUAUCUCUCUUUCAUUCCAAUCUAUUAAGAUUUUUUUGUUAUGAUCUAUUACCUUUGGAAAGUAAAAUGUUAUUUAUCUAUGUAUAAUGCGCGUGAAAAAAAUUCCUUAAAAUUGAAAUUUUCGUGCCAGAAAAGAAAAAAGUAAUAGAAGAGAAGGAUUUUUUAUAAUUGAUUAAACACAUUCAAAUUUAAAAUUUAUAAUAAUUGUUAUAUAUUAUUAUUUGAAUUUUUAUCAUUUCUAUGUACAAUCUAAAUCGAAUUUAGUGUACCUACUGGAAUCUAGAAUCAAACAAAAAACAAAAUCUUAAGAUCUUUGUAAAUCUGUGAUAUUUAAGUUUUUUUUUUCAUAAA